CAAAGUGAUAACAUUAAUCAUAACAAGAACAUCCCACAUUUAAACUCAAUAGCAACAUUAUCUGUAGACGUGUUUUAUAUAACUAUCGACAACAACCAACGAAAGAUGAAUAAUUAUUACUGUAAAUUCAUAUUUUGUACGAUAUUUCUGUACAAUUUCGUUUCAUCUUCUCCUUCAGUUUCACUGGGAGUGACCAGCUGCUUCAGCUGCAAGGAUAACUGCAAUGAUCCUUUUGAUCCUUCCGAUGCCUCCAUCCAACAUUGCGAGACAGGAGUCUACCAGAAAGGCGGCAACAAGACUAAUCACAGCUUUUUAUUGGACACAAGCUUCCUGAUUUUGAGCAACAAGAGUUCCGGUUACGUUUGCGGCAAAUUCAUCAUGGAAUCUUCUACUUCCGGUAAAAUAACUACACAACGCAGAUGCAUGGCCAAAAAUUACAUCGGCACAACUCCCUGCGGCUUAGUCGAAACUUUAGCGAAUUCAACCCAAAUGAAACUGUUGAGCUGUUCCAUAUGCGACUUAGAGCUGUGCAACUCCGCGAUCGGAUGGAAUUCGUUAACUUCUUGGGCUAUAUUAGCUCCGGCUAUUGUUGCUUUAUUUUUAUAA